GCCAUCGCCCGACGCUCGCCCAAAGCUGGAUAUCCUGUCAGUCCACCCAUGUUCACUUGCUACAACCAAUGGCCAAAAAUACCCAAAACAAUUCCCAAAAGCAACAGACUCCCGCAAUGUCGCCUCCUCACGCCUAUACCAUAGGCACCUCACACAUCCUCACCGGCUCCAACACCGGCCAGAUCCCAGAGGACGAAGACGACGACGACAUAUGCCCCGUCUGCGAGGGCGAGUGCACGUGCAACGCCCAAUCCACCUCCCGUCCUCUAACCAUCCCCCAAACAAUCAUCCCCCACCCCUCCUCCUCCUCUUUCUCCUCCCUCUCGCCCCCCACCACCACUUCCAGCACCCCCAGGCCGUCCCUCGGCCCUCUCAAAAUAAAACUCACCGUCCCUCCCAACCUUCUUGCCCGCGCCCGUCCCGCUCCGGCAAACGCCGCGCUCAUCUCCACCACUACCACUACCGCCACCGCCACAACUCCCAUAGGACCAGCAGCCUCCACCGCUCCAGAUCCACCUCAGCCCAAGCGUCGAGGCCGUCCCCCCAAGGCCGUCGUUCUUGCCCGUCGUGCCGCCGAAGCCGCCGCCGCCGCUUCGUCCUCCACCACCCCCGCCGCUCCUAUCCCUCGCCCCUCCUCCUCCAAACAUCUCAAGAAGGCUUCCAAGGCCACAAAGGUUCAGAAAUCAAAGGCCAGAGACACGACCGGGAACAGCAGCAGCAAGCCCCUCGCUGGUGCUGCACCUCCCCGUCGCAAAGGCAAUAAGGCUUCCGCGGCGGCUCUCGCCGCCUUGAGCGACGAUGACUACACCCCUGCUGGCGUUCCUCGUCGCGCGACCGCCGCACAUCAACGGUCUACUGCCAGACGCGGUGGCGAAUCGGAUGCAGAUGACGACGACGAGGUGGUCGAUGAGACCACGCUCAUCCAUCUCCCUACCUUCGUCUCGGCGCUCUCAUCCUCCUCGGCCAGCGAGAGCUCGUCUAGCUCUUCCUCAUCUUCUUCGUCUUCUUCGUCUGACGAGGGCGAGUUCUCGGUCGAUUCGUCGAUCGAGGACGAGGAGGAAUCGUUCAUUCGGAAUGAAAAACGCCACCGUCAUCAUCAUCAUCACCACGACAAACAUCGGACUAAACGCGACGACGGAGGCAACACACACACACACAAAAAGGAGCGUAACUGGGAGAUCCGACCGCGGAAGGGGAGCGUCGGGCCCAGUGAAGACGGUAUGGAUGUCGAUAGCGACGAGACAGAGGACGAAGAGGAGGAAGAGGAAAAAGAAGAAGAUGGCAAGGCGGACGAGGACGGAGAUGCGGAUGGAGAUACCGAAGGCGGCGGCCCGGUCGAGGAAGAGGUGGAGAUGGAUGAAGACGACGAAGAUGGGGUGAUGGCCAAGGUCAUGUAUGGCGGUUGGUCCGAGGACGAAGAGUCGUCCUUCGACGCCGAGCUUUUUUUCGCUGGCCUUACGGACUCUGAUUCCGGUGACGCCGCGAUGCAAGAUGAAGCGGACGUCGAUGACGAUGAUGAGACCGUCGAUGAAGACUCAGACAACGUCCUCGACCUCGAAGCCAUGGCCCUCGCCGCCCGCGAGGCAGUCUCCUUCGACGUCGUCGAAGGCUGGGACGGCUCCAUGGUCUUCACUAACAACUUCCAAGACGGUCAGGGCCUCCUCGACUGGGACUUCGAAGUCAACGCCGCACAGCUCGUAGAACAAUCCACCUCCGACGCCGACGCGGAGGACAGCGACGUCGAGAUGUCUGACGCCGAGCGGUCCGAUGACGACGGACUCGCGGAGGUGAUGACCGAGGGCGAAAGUACAGACGAAGAACUCGUCGAUGGACGUGGCCUGCCCACGCCCCGCGCUAUGAAGCUCUUCAGGCCUAUCGGCACCCCUUCCGCCAUCGAUCCCAAAUCGACGGUCUCGCCCAAUCCGAACGGGACGUAUCAUCAUCCCCGCCUCUCGCUCUCUGGUAUCGGUUCGCCCAAACCUGCUGAUAUCCUCGCGGGGAGAGUUUAUUAUGAUACGGACGAGGAGGAAGAAGAACAUGAUCGGGAUUUCACGUUUUCGCCGCCUGCGAGCGUGAUCGCGAAUCUGACGUUGAGCUCGGGGGACGGACAGAGUGUUGUCAGUGUGAGGAGGGGACCGGUGAUGGGGACAUUUGCGGCGAGCAAGGGAGAUGAGCUGAGGAGGGCGGUUAUUGAUGGUUCGUCGAAGAAGGAGGAGAUGCCUAGUCCGUUUCCGAGGACGAGGAGGACGAGAAGACCCUCAGAGUCGUGGUCUGGGUCGAAUUUCACUGGUAGCCGCGACAGGUCAUUAUCCAUCGCUUCUCUCCCGCAAGCUCGGUCCCAACCGCCACCCUCGCCCUUCGGUCCCCCUCUUCCCCUCCCCCCUUCCUCCGCUUCCGACGAUCCAUCCCACGCACUCUCCCUCCCUUCCCAUUCCCAUUCCCAUCCCACACCCGCUACAGACGCCUCCGUCCCACUCCCAAUAACCAUGCCCGCCCCGAAACCGAUCGAACUCGACGACGUCCUCGACGCUUCCAUCCUCGCCACCGACCCCUUCGACGAUCCUUCCUAUUUCAGCAACGCCAUCCUCGCCUCGUCCGCCUUCAGCAACCACAACCGUAGUCGAGCAAACUCGAAUGCCAAUAACGACCAAGGCGAAGCUCAGGGUCAGUCCAACAUGGCAGAAUCGGAAUUCAGCGCGACGGAGGAUGGCGGUGCUGCGGGGCCGAGCAGUCCCUCUGUUAGCGUUAGUACCCCCGGCGCUGGUGAGGAUAGACAUUUGCAGAGUCUGAGUCGAUGGGAUCGGGUGCCUAUGGGAACGUUCCGCCGUACGCGCGAGCUCGGGAACUGGUCGAAUGGCGCGCAUGGGCCUGGUCUUUCUGAUGGUGAGGAACUCGGUGGGCUUGGGGGGAUUAUUAGGAGUAGUCCGUUCGGCGGGAACGUGCUUUGGAAUCCGAGGCAUCAUGGGGCGGGAAACGGGUCAGGAGGGGGAGGAGUACAGAGAUCGCCGACGCCGAGGAGCGGGAAGAGGAAGGCGGGAGGGGGAAGUUCGAAGAAGAGAGGGCCUGCGGCGAUUUCGCCCGUUAUUUUUCCUGUGCGCGAUGGUGUGGCGGGGGGAUCGGGCGAUAGGACUCCGCCUGGACAUGGUCAUGGUGGGGCGUCGACGUCGAGCGGACAAGUGCAAGCACAACCACAACAAGGACAGGGCGGGAGUGGAAGUGCAGGCAAACGGAAGAAAGACAAGACGUCGAAUUCGAGGCAGGAGAAGAUGGCGAAGAAGAAGGCGAUGAUGGGUGUUGCGAUGAGUAGUGGACAUGGGUCGGCGUCGGGGGGAGGAGGAAGUCCGCAUGUGCAUGGAGGGAAGGGGAAGAAGUUCCAUGCGCAUGGACAUUUUGGGAAUGGGGCGAAGGGGAGGACGGCGGGGAGUGCGCAACGGAUGGGGGGGAUGGGAGGGGUGCCGCCGUUGAGUUUGUGAGCGGGGAGGGAGUGGCUAAUAAUGUUUAAUACUUUCGAGAGUUGUUUCUUGUUCGUCGCUGUUGGCGCGUUUUGCGUUUGUUCCUUUGGCUCCUUGAGAGGAUGCUCGACUUUCCUUUUUUUUCCAUCGUUUUUUCAUCGCGGACCGUAAACGUAAUCACGAGCUCUUUUUUUCUCUUUUACCCCGCCUCUUCUAUCUUCUCAUCAAAAGCUCGGUCUGUAUCCCCGUUUCUUGCUCCAUCAUCGUCUCGUCCACUGAACUCCACUCCGUCCAAUCCAAUCUGUGUCCAACACCCAUCCCCCAAUUCCAAUUGCUUGUCUUGUCUUUGUUUAUUCCCACCACCACCCAUCCAUCUCCUCUCGCCUCACUUUAACGAACUCAUCUCCAAAAUUUCUGAACGACGCCUCACUGUAUCCAUUUUCCAUUUCCCUUUGUCCUUUGUUCAUCAUCUCAUUCUCAUUCUCAUUCUCACGGCUCCAAACCGCAAUCGCAACCCGUCCUCUAUCCAUCCAUUUUCUUUUCUACUAGUUACUUAUUCAUUACAUGCUGUUGUGCCCAUUACAUACAUACAUACGUACUUCGUAUUUUUCGAGGGUUGGUGUGGUUGGGAUGGGAUGGUGUGCGAUUGAGGUCGGGAUGAAUUGGUGGGUGGGUAGGAUGGAGGAUGAGGGAUGAGGGAUGGAGAAUGGGAGAAAGGGGCGUCGUACGAAUAAUGUCUGGUUCUUGUUUCAAAGUCAAUGUUUUACUUACGUGCCAUGAAA